AUACCAGGAAAAUAUCGUGUGUCGUUCUUUGGUGUCGGGUUGGGCUCGUCGCGUGUCGUCAGCAGUAGUUGGCUACCGUUCAAGAUUCAAGGCUUCGAGCUACGUUGAAGCUGCAGGGCUGCCAGCCGCGAUCAGCUGAGCCCGCCGCUGCUUUCAGACAGCGGGAGGCAGCCGAGUGCGGAUCUGACAGGCGUACUGCCCGGGACUCGACUUCACCAUGGCGAAGCACAUUCGAUGGGAGAACCUGUUCACGUACGACACCCUCGUACACGCCGUCGGAGGGGCCGCAGGCAGCGCGGUUGCCAUGACCGUGUUCUUUCCUCUCGACACGGUCCGCUCCCGUCUGCAAGUCGAGCAGCACCGCGAAUCGAAGAACACUCUGGCCCUCCUACGCGAGAUUCUGCGCGACGAAGGACCCAACGGUGUGUACCGGGGCUUGGGACCCGUGUUGACGUCGCUUUGGUGCUCGAACUUCGUCUACUUCUACUCGUUUCACGGUCUCCGGGCGGUCGUCUCUGCUGGCGACCCGCGACAGCACGGAGCCAUGUCAGACCUUCUGCUGGCCGCUCUCGCCGGUGUCGUGAACGUCCUGACGACCACGCCUCUAUGGGUCGUCAAUACGCGGAUAAAGAUGCAGGGAGCCAAGCUGGCCGCAGGCGACCGCGAGUCCCUCCGCAAGCAUCCGCGUUACAAGGGUCUCUGGCACGGCCUCAUGCACAUCGCUCGCAACGAGGGCUUGCCGGCCCUGUGGGCCAGCACCUUGCCCUCGCUCGUGCUCGUCUCCAGCCCCGCGGUUCAGUUCAUGGUUUACGAGUCGCUCAAGCGGCGCGCUGGCAGCGCCGGCGUACCUCUCAACGGUGCCGUCGUUUUCCUCAUCGGAGCGGUGUCCAAGGUUAUAUCUACCGUGGCCACUUACCCGCUGCAACUUGUGCAAGCGAAGCUUCGCUACGGCUGCCCUCCGGAGCUAGCCAACAAGAACCUGCUGGGCAUUCUGAUGCACAUCGCCCGAACGCAGGGAGUCCCCGGUCUUUACAGGGGCCUCGAGGCCAAGCUCUGGCAGACUGUUCUGACAGCGGCUCUCAUGUUUGUCGCCUACGAGAAGAUCGUGCGCUUCGUCAUGCAGAUAUUGAGGCCGUCGGCAGUGCGCCGCGCUGCUUAGUGAACAAAGGACUACACGUGAUUGCGAAAGAUGUUCCUGGCUUGUUUUUUUUUUAUUUUGCGCUCUUUAUACAACGUCCCAUGGCUGUGCUCUCGGUCACCUGCGCCCAAGCGACAAGCGCCGAGACUGCCAGCUGCUAAACUUCGUGUAGGCUGCCUGUAGAAGGUCGUCCAGGUGGCUCGCCAACUGUGUGAAUAACAAAAUGCCACACAUCCAUUAGGACUCCAUGUAGCGGUACCAUGAGGGAAAAAAAUUGAUUUAACAGAUGCAAUAUGAACAAAUGGCAGUGGUUCAAUAAACGUUUAUUUCAUUUGUU